GGUGUAUAUUAUGCUUUAAAGUGAUAAUCUUAUGACACCUUCUAACGGUAAUGGGUAAUAAUGCAAUUAAAAUACCUAAACACCCUUCUAUUUAUAAUGUACAGGACGGUAUGAAUAUUCUUUACAAAGGUCAAACAACGUUAUAGUAGCAACGUUGUAUACAUAAAGAAAACGGAUUUCAUACAAACUGGCACACUUAAUUAUGUUGCUGUUGAAAGUUGCUUUGAUUUAUGUGCUAGCUUGCUGUCUGUAUCGUGACGUUGAUGCAGAGACCGUAAAGGUCUUAACCUACAACACUUGGCUACAUGAGUCGGAUAAUGAAGCCAUUGAAAACAAAGACACAAGAAGGACAAAUAUCAUGAAGAGUCUAAAGUCUUCGAAUGCAGAUAUUGUUUGUUUGCAAGAGGUUUAUAUCGGAGAAGAUAUGGAAUUUAUAGUCGACGGCGUCAAAGAUGUGUUUCCGUACUCAUUUAGCAACUUACAUACAGGUGUAAGCAAAUAUGAACCUCAGGCAACAGUUUCAAGACAGCCACCAUGCGAUAACUAUCGUCUUGAAUACUUGGCCACCUGUCUUGAAGAUAAUGGAUGCAAUGCAAUUACAACUUCAAAAGAAAAUGCUGAAUGUGCGGUAGAGUAUUGUGGUCUCCGUGCCUAUGGUAUAUUCUUUCUAGAUAGCCAAGAGUGCAUAAGCUGUAUAGCAGCCUCAUGGUUAAAUCUUGACAAGUGCUUAGACACAGAGGCAGUUGUUGGUGGCCGAGCAAUAAAUGUAGGAGGUUUGGUUCUGUUGUCAAAGAAAGAAAUUAAAUCGGUCUCUUACACUGACUUCCACAACUCAACUAAGGAGACGUUAGCAAGAGGUUAUAUUGAAGCAGAGAUCAAAGAUUUUGCAACAGUAGUGUGCACGCACUUGAGUAAUAAGAAAACAGAUGUAUACUUUGAAAUGGACUAUUUGAAUGCAGGCAUAACAUCAUAUAAAGAAAUGAAUACAAUUGAGGUAGAAACUCUCAUAGAACGCUUCAGCAGCGUCAAACCAUCAGUUGUAAUGGGUUCGUUCAAUACAGGAUUCAAUAGAUUCAAAAAAAACUAUAAAAAGCUCUAUAAUGCGUUCAAGACGAAAUCUGUGACGGAAUACACUUACAUGGAUCCUACAGACGCAACAAAUGUGGCUACUAUUGACCAUGUCUUCGUGAAGGGACUUUCUAUAAAUAAAUCGAAGAGAGUGUUUGUACCUGUGAAGGGGGAAACUUCAAUGAGUGAUCAUGCUGGUGUGCAAUCAAAACUGAAAUUGAAUUGAUGAUUUCAAAGGAAGACUGCUGUCGAGUUACAGAAAUGACAAUAUUCAUUAUUCUCCAUAAAUAUUCGAUUAUUAUUUGCUUUGUUUUCAAGAAGCGGUAAAAUAUGUUACAAAU